GCCGAGCAGGCUGGAGCCGCGAUGGCCACACCCGCCGGGGCGGAGGGUGCUUCCCCGCCGGUGAAUCAUCGCCAGCAGCGUAGCCCGCAGUCCCCGUUGCGAGUGCAAGGCCCGGCCGCGCCCCUGCACCGAGCCCGGAGCCCAGCACCGAGCCCCCGAUCUCGAUCGCCGCGCAGCCGAGCACCAUGGCGGGCAUCGCGGCCAAGCUGGCCAAGGACCGGGAGGCGGCCGAAGGACUGGGCUCGCACGAGAGGGCGGUCAAGUACCUCAACCAGGACUACGAGGAGCUGCGGAACCAGUGCCUGGAGGCCGGGGUGCUCUUCCAGGACCCCUCCUUCCCCGCCAUCGGCUCUUCCCUGGGCUUCAAGGAGUUGGGACCCCACUCCAGCAAGACGCAGGGCAUCGUAUGGAAGCGGCCCACGGAGAUCUGCGGUGACCCCCAAUUUAUUGUCGGAGGAGCCACGCGCACCGACAUCUGCCAAGGAGCCCUGGGUGACUGCUGGCUGUUGGCGGCCAUCGCCUCCCUCACCCUGAAUGAGGAGAUCCUGGCCCGAGUCGUCCCCUUAGACCAGAGCUUCCAGGAGAACUACGCAGGGAUCUUCCGCUUCCAGUUCUGGCAGUACGGCGAGUGGGUGGAGGUGGUGGUGGACGACCGGCUGCCCACCAAGGACGGGGAGCUGCUGUUCGUGCACUCCGCGGAGGGGAGCGAGUUCUGGAGCGCCCUGCUGGAGAAGGCCUACGCCAAGGUCAACGGCUGCUAUGAGGCGCUCUCAGGGGGCGCCACCACUGAGGGCUUCGAGGACUUCACGGGCGGCAUCGCCGAGUGGUACGAGCUGAGGAAGGCCCCCUCCAACCUGUUCAAGAUCAUCCAGAAGGCUCUGCAGAAAGGCUCCCUCCUGGGCUGCUCCAUUGACAUCACCAGUAUGGCAGACUCAGAGGCCGUCACGUUCCAGAAGCUGGUGAAGGGGCACGCGUACUCCGUCACCGGAGCCGAGGAGGUGGAAAGCAGAGGAAGCCUGCAGAAGCUGAUCCGCAUCCGGAAUCCCUGGGGAGAGGUGGAGUGGACCGGGAAGUGGAGUGACAACUGCCCAAACUGGAACACUGUGGACCCAGAGGAGAAGGAGAGGCUGACCCAACGGCGUGAAGAUGGGGAAUUCUGGAUGUCCUUCAGCGACUUCCUGAGGCACUACUCCCGCCUGGAGAUCUGCAACCUCACGCCCGACACGCUCACCAGCGACAGCUACAAGAAGUGGAAGCUCACCAAGAUGGACGGGAACUGGCGGCGCGGCUCCACCGCGGGAGGCUGCAGGAACUACCCGAACACGUUCUGGAUGAACCCCCAGUACCUGAUCAAGCUGGAGGAGGAGGACGAGGACCAGGACAACGGCGAGAGAGGCUGCACCUUCCUGGUGGGCCUCAUCCAGAAGCACCGGCGGCGGCAGAGGAAGAUGGGCGAGGACAUGCACACCAUCGGCUUCGGCAUCUACGAGGUUCCGGCAGAGCUGGCCGGACAGACCAACAUCCACCUCAGCAAAAACUUCUUCCUGACACACCGGGCGCGGGAGCGGUCCGACACGUUCAUCAACCUGCGGGAGGUGCUCAACCGCUUCAAGCUGCCCCCCGGGGAGUACAUCGUGGUGCCCUCCACCUUCGAGCCCAACAAGGACGGGGACUUCUGCAUCCGGGUCUUCUCCGAGAAGAAGGCCGACUACCAAGUCGUCGACGACGAGAUCGAGGGCAACCCUGAAGAGAUUGAGGUCGACGAGGACAGCAUUGAUGACGGGUUCAGGAAGCUGUUUGCCCAGCUGGCCGGAGAGGAUGCAGAAAUCUCCGCCUUCGAGCUGCAGACAAUCCUGAGACGGGUCCUCGCCAAGCGCCAAGAUAUCAAGUCAGACGGCUUCAGCAUCGAGACCUGCAAGAUCAUGGUCGACAUGCUGGACUCGACGGCAGCGGUAAGCUGGGCCUGAAGGAGUUCUAUGUUUCUCUGGAAGAAGAUUCAACAGUACCAA